AUGACGUCAUCUGGAGCGCUUGGUCAACCAAUCCACUCACCCAAUCUGCCAAGCCGACCAUCUGAUCCUGCUUUCCCUUCACAACCUGUUGGAACCCGUGCUCCGUCUGCGGGACAGCUGUCGUCAUUUUCUUCAAUUCAAAACCUCUACCGAACCAGUUUGUCUGCAGGUCAGGACAAACCCCUUAACAGCCCUGUUCAGAUGUCGUCUGCAAAAGCCAAGACAUUUGAUGGAGGUAUUGCAGUGCCACCUACCGGCGACUUGGCAUCCUUUUCCUCGUUACAGAAGCUUUACCGGUCCUCUACAGGCGGAGAUGCUGGUGCCUCAGUAAUCCCCAAAAAGACAUCUGGCCUCUUCAAGGCCAAGGACAUCUACCAACAAGGCCUGGCAGCAGGCCAGGAACUAUACAGGAACAGGAACAGGAACACAGGGUCCUCCGGUCAGGCAGGAUACCCAGGACAAACUUCAGCUGUUCCACAAGAAACACAGAUUAUCGCAGACUCUGUCUAUCCACACGGAAAGCCCCCUGGUGAUCCUGUGCUCCCUACUGGAGGGACUGGACCAGAUCCUUCCUACCUUGGUGGAAAACCGAUGGCUGUCCCCACUAGUCAUCACGGAACGCCCUUGGUGGAUCCCAAACAUUCUCAUGGAGCUCCCUUCCCUGAUCCAGCUCAUACACACGGGGCGCCCGUAGUUGAUACAAGCAUAUCUCACGGGACGCCUUUCGUUGAUCCAACCUUAUCUCACGGGACACACCUAAUUGACACAACCAUAUCUCAUGGAUCUCCUUUCCCUGACCCAUCUCAUACACACGGGUCGCCCGUAGUUGACACAACCAUAUCUCAUAGGACGCCAUUCGUUGAUCCAGCCCUAACUCACGGGACGCCCAUCGUGGAUCUAACCAUAUCUCAUGGAUCUCCUUUCCCUGACCCAUCUCAUACACACGGGUCACCCGUAGUUGACACAACCAUAUCUCAUGGGACGCCAUUCGUUGAUCCAGCCCUAACUCACGGGACGCCCAUCGUGGAUCUAACCCUAUCUCAUGGAUCUCCAUUCCCUGACCCAUCUCGUACACACGGGUCACCCGUAGUUGACACAACCAUAUCUCAUGGGACGCCAUUCGUUGAUCCAGCCCUAACUCACGGGACGCCCAUCGUGGAUCCAACCCUAUCUCAUGGAUCUCCUUUCCCUGAUCCAUCCAUAUCUCACGGGACGCCUUUCGUUGACCCAACCAUUACUCAUGGGACGCCCGUAGUUGACACAACCAUAUCUCACGGGACGCCAAUUGUUGAUCCAGCCAUCAUUCAAAGGACGCCCAUAGUGGAUCCAACCAUAUCUAACGGGAAUCCUUUCGUUGAUCCAACCAUAUCUCACGGAUCUCCGUUCCCUGAUCCAUCCAUAUCUCACGGGACGCCUUUCGUCGAUCCAACCAUAUCUCACGAGACUCCGUUCGUUGACCCAUCCAACGGACUCGGAGAACCUAACAUAAAUCUUGCGAAUGGUCCCGGCUUUUCUGAUCCUUUGGGCGAUCCCCGUCUCGACCUAAUCGGUCCUAGCCAGCCUGGACCAGUUUUCGAACGACCCGGACCCAUUUUCAGCCGGUCUGGACCAAAUCCAGGCGAACCUCCAUCCAGCCAGGGCCAGCCUUGGCCUAACCGUGCACCUACACGACGCAACCUCCCCAGACCAAGCCCGCAAGCAUUCGUUGAAACAGGAGGACCUACUAUAGAAAAUUCAGUAGGGAGAGAUCAACUCGCUAGUAAUCCUUUAGAUCCAGUAGCUGGUGGUCCUGGUGGUUCACAGUUGCCAGGAGGACCUGGAGGUCCAAACUCCGGAACGGCUCCACUAAUCAACCCGGUGAUGCCAAGCACAUCGAAAGACCUUCUUGUGUUCACAAACCAGCCAGACAGUUGGGUGUGGUCUGGGGGUGAUGUCACCGGGCAGCUCCGGAACUUCAGACCCCACAGGGCCCCGCAGUAA